GGACUGCGCCCCGACGCUUUCCUUACAGGAAGCGCGCGCUGGAGCCCAUUGUUGGCCCCCGGCCUCCGGGCCCGCCCGGCCGGUCUGAUAUGGCCGCGCACCGCCAAUGGGCAGCGGCUCGGCACUUCAAAGGGUGUCCCGCCCAAUCCGCCGCGCCCCCUGCGAGGCCACUUGGGCUGUAUUUAUGGGGAGGGGACCCAUUUUCUCUUCCGCAGAGACUUACUCUUGUCGCGCCUUGCGGGAGUUCAAGUGGAACCACGGCGGCUCCCCAGCCCCUCUCCCCUCUCCCCGCCCCCUUCCCCCCACAUCCCGGCCCCGGGCCUCCUUUGGCGAAUGUUCUGGGACCCCAGGUGAGGUCUUUGGGCUUCCCGAGUGACCCUUUCUCUUGGAAAAGCGGCGGCGACAGAAGUGAAGGUGGCUCUUGAGUAGGCAGCCAAGACUCCGGGGCGGUGGAGAGGGCGGCAGGAGGAUGAGCUCCCCGGGCACAGAGAGCGCGGGGAAGAGCCUGCAGUACCGAGUGGAUCACCUGCUCAGCGCCGUGGAGAGCGAGCUGCAGGCGGGCAGCGAGAAGGGCGACCCCACGGAGCGCGAGCUGCGAGUGGGCUUGGAGGAGAGCGAGCUGUGGCUGCGCUUCAAGGAGCUAACGAACGAGAUGAUUGUGACCAAGAACGGCAGGAGGAUGUUCCCGGUGUUGAAGGUGAACGUGUCGGGUCUGGACCCCAAUGCCAUGUACUCCUUCUUGCUGGACUUCGUCGCUGCUGACAAUCACCGCUGGAAAUAUGUGAAUGGGGAGUGGGUACCUGGGGGCAAGCCAGAGCCUCAGGCGCCCAGCUGUGUCUACAUCCACCCAGACUCGCCCAACUUCGGGGCCCACUGGAUGAAGGCGCCGGUGUCUUUCAGCAAAGUGAAACUCACAAACAAGCUCAAUGGAGGAGGCCAGAUCAUGUUGAACUCCUUGCACAAGUAUGAACCUCGGAUCCACAUCGUGAGGGUUGGGGGUCCACAGCGCAUGAUCACCAGCCACUGCUUUCCUGAGACUCAGUUCAUAGCUGUGACUGCUUACCAGAACGAGGAGAUCACAGCCCUUAAAAUUAAAUACAAUCCAUUCGCAAAAGCCUUCCUUGAUGCAAAAGAAAGAAACGACCACAAAGAUGUGAUGGAGGAUCCUGGGGAUUGCCAGCAGCCGGGAUACUCUCAGUCAGGGGGGUGGCUUGUUCCUGGCACCAGCACCCUCUGUCCACCUGCCAGCUCCCACCCUCAAUUUGGAGGCUCCCUGCCACUCCCUUCCACACACGGCUGCGAGAGGUACCCGGCUCUGAGGAAUCACCGCUCAUCACCCUAUCCCAGCCCUUACGCUCACCGCAACAACUCUCCAACCUAUGCCGACAAUUCGUCUGCAUGUUUAUCCAUGCUGCAAUCCCAUGACAACUGGUCUAGUCUAGGAGUUCCUGGCCACACCAGCAUGCUUCCCAUGAGUCACGGCACCAGCCCACCUACUGGUUCUGGCCAGUACCCCAGCCUAUGGUCUGUGAGCAAUGGUACCAUCAUCACCCCAGGUUCCCAGACAGCUGGGGUGUCCAACGGGCUAGGGGCCCAGCUCUUUCGGGGCUCCCCUGCACACUAUGCGUCCCUGACGCACACGGUCUCAGCUGCCACGUCCUCUGGCUCCCCGAUGUAUGAAGGGGCUGCUACAGUCACAGACAUUUCUGACAGCCAGUACGACACGGCCCAAAGCCUCCUCAGAGCCUCGUGGACACCUGUAUCACCUCCGUCCAUGUGAACUGAACUCUCCUGCAUGUGCUAAGACUGGUAGCAGCCAGUGUCCGUUGGGUCUUCCACUGGGCACGACAUGGCAGGCUCUUGGGACAAGGGAAAGAAAUAAAAGCUUGCUACUAACUCAAGUAAGAGGAGCAGUACAUGUCCUACUUGCCGUGUUCCAUAACCUGUUGCAGGAGUGAUGUGUGUCCUCCACGUGAAGCCAGGUACAGAGAUGAGGCUCUGGUCCGAUUUCCUGUGACUGGCAGUCCAAAUCCUUUGCCAGGAUGCUAUACCUUGCGGUGUUUGUCUCUUCUACAACAUGUAGGUGACUUUGAAAUGUUGGAAUUUCCCCACCUCUUGUCCUACUUUACCGAGACACAAGGCACACUUCUAAUGCCCUUCUUCCUCGUUGCUUUAGAUAGUUUACUUGGAGGGCAGAGGGAAAUCAUAGCCAGUGGAUUGUAACUGGACUGGGAACUCCUCCGCCCUCUAGAAGAUGUUUACUUUAAGCACAUGUAGCUUUUUGUGUUGUGGAGUCAACUGUGUGAUACUUUUCUGUUGACAAAGUAGCCAAAGACAAUCGGCAGAAAGUUUUUUUUUCUUCCUGCACAAUAAAGGCAAUA